UGCAUCAGGCCAUUGAUAAGAUUGAUGAGGAGAGAUACGACACCCAGGUCAAAGUGGAAAAGGCCGACAAAGAGAUCACUGAACUGAAGAUGAAGGUCAUUGAGCUGGCCGGAGUGAAGAAACCAGCCUUGAAGAAAGUGCGUAUGAGUGCCGACGCCAUGCUUAAAGCUCUUCUGGGCUCCAAACACACGGUAAACAUGGACCUCAGGGCCAACCUGAAGCAGGUCAAGAAGGAGGUGAAGGAGGAGUCUGCUGAGGUGGUGGGCGACUGGCGCAAGAACAUUGAGGACAAGGCUGACAGGAAGAAGAUGUUUGAGACCUCUUAAAGACUUUCUCAUCCAACUUUUGUUUUGCUCAUUCUGGGAUGUUACAGCUCUUCUUCACUGUUGCCUCUGAUGUGCAAUUAAAUGUUCUUUUUGGAAUAAGG